AUGCUACCUUCUAAGGAUGGCAGCACUUUGCGCGCAGUAUCUGCAGCUUCUAAAUCUCCUACACGUGAGCCCGAGGAUGGAUUCGCCUGGGCUGAAAGCGAGAGCUCAAACAAAGAACAAGCCAUGGUUGAUUUAAAGCCUUCGAGGCAUCGCGACACCUAUUUUGGUGCGCUCCUCUUCAAUAUCUGCGCUUUCGUCCUGCCAGCACUUUAUGGCACUCUCUCCAAGCUCUGGGUCGCCAAUAUUGAUUCUUCCAUGGUUGUGACGACUGAUGUCCUGACAUACGUGGGAGUUGUCGCAGAGGUGUUGAACGAAGGCCUGCCGCGUGCAUCCUAUCUCAUCAUCGGAGACAAGUCCAACCGUGGUCUCCGAGAACGGCUGCAGCUUACCCAUACACUCAUCUUAUUCCAAUCGAUCCUUGGUCUGAUUAUGAGCAUUGCGCUCAUCGCCGGUGCUUCCACCUUCGCAAAGGGCUUUGUGCCUAUCGAAGUAAGGGAUGUAAGCAUCACAUAUGUGCGCCUUUCCGCGUUUUCCGCAUUUAGCUCGGCAGUGGAGUACGCUGUCAACACAUCCACCCGUGCCCUGGACAAGCCAGAUGUUCCGCUUGUGAUCAGCUCCGUCAAAUUUGCAAUCAACAUCAUUCUCGACCUCAUUGUCAUCUCGAAGUUCCAUGUCAGUGGAGUCACACCCACGGUCAAUAUGCAGGCUGGCAUAUCACUGGCUUGCAACCUCUCUUCGGCAUUUGCUGGACUGGCAUAUUUUAUCUAUACGACCAGCUUCAGUCACAAAUCAAGAUUCCAGGACAAUGCAUCCAGCCAAAAGUCUAUGCCUUCAUGGGCAGAUCUAUUGACGCUGUUCAAGCCCGGCCUGAUCUUCUUCAGCGAAUCUGCUAUCCGCAACGCGCUUUACUUGUGGCUUGUCCAUGGUAUCGUCGGUUUGGGUAGCAACUACGCGACUGCGUGGGGCGUCUUCACGACCAUACGAUGGGGCUUGAUCAUGGUACCAGUCCAAGCUUUAGAAGCUACCACGCUCACUUUCGUCGGCCAUUCGUGGGGCAAAUUUCGCGCAGCCUUACGUGGCAAUAUUCAACCCGCCAAGCCGCGCAUCACGGGGCGUCAGUUAUUCGGCAUCACUCGAUGGGCACUUUACUCCGUCGUCAUCGUCCUAAUCAUCGAAAUCCCGCUCUGCCUCAUCCUCUCCUUCGCUGGCGCGCGAUCUUUCGCCAGAUAUUUGUCCGGAUCCGACGAAGUGUCGCGAAUCGCGGCUCGGAUGUGGCGCACAAUCGACUGGUGCUACAUCAUGUACGGCGUGUCGACGCAACUUGCGGCCAUUCUGGUCUCGACGCGACCGAGGUGGUAUUUGUACCAGUCUCUCGCAUCGAAUGUUUUGUAUGUACUGCCGUGGGCGAUUGUGUGUCAGGUGGUCAAGCUCAAUGCUGGUGAUGCUUGGACGUAUCAUAGUCUUGUGUUUGGUGGGAGUCUGGUAUUUUCUUUCUUUGUCAUUGUUGUUGUGGUGGGCGCUUGGGCUUGGAGACUUGGGAGGGGGAAGAUGAAGGUGAGAACGGUAUGA